CUUGAGAUUUCGGCACGUGGUGCCCGCUGUCAAGCCCCCAGGGUCACCAGACGCGGAUCCGCAGCGAGGGGGUCCAGAGCUCCUCGGGGCCGCGGGGGGAAAAACGUAUCGGAAGGUGCUUGGGCAUCCGCUGUCUGCGAUUGGCCCGAGAAGAGGCAUCGAUCGCGCUCGGAGUCGUUCUGGGAAGGGCCCCAGCGCGCCAUGUCGUCCUCCGGCCCCGCCAGCUCUCAGAGAUUGCGGGGCGCUUGUGCGCGGAAGUAUUUGUGCUUUGUCCUCGCCUCCGUGCAGCCUUCUCCCUGAUCGGUCCCCUGGGCCACCCGCACAAGCUGCCGGAGAAGCCGCCGAGGAUAGUCGUGGAGCUUUUCCAGGACCUCUGCUGCCCCUUCAGCAGGAAGAUGCACACGACGCUGCAGGAAGUGGUCCCCGCCUACGAGGCGUCGCACCCUGGAGCGAUCCAGUGGCUCUACUGCAACGUGAUCCAGCCAUGGCACCCGCAGUCGGCGGUCAUGCACGAGGCGUGCAUGGCGGUCGCCGCGGUGAAGCCAGAGGCCGUGUGGAAGUUUUGUUCGGCGGUCUACGACCAGCAGGAGAACUUCUUCGACGACAAGGUCAGAUCGAAGUCCGCGAACACCCUCCACGACGAGCUGUGCACGAUCGCCGCAGAGGCCACGGGCAUCCCGAAGAGCGACCUGGGGGCGCAACUCGCACUCAAAAGCGGAGGCGGGAACGCCGGGUGCCAGAUCACGCAGCUGGUCAAAUGGUACACCAAGAUGCACCGGGUGAGGGGCGUGCACGUGACACCGACGGUCUUCGUCAACGGCACCGAGGCGCCUCAGGUCGGGAGUGGAUGGUCGGCGGCGGAGUGGAAGGACUUCUUGGACCCCAUGCUCGGGCCUGCAUCCUGAGCCGAGGCCACUCCUCCUGCUCCCUCCUCCACCUCCCUCGCUCCUUGAAGCUUCGGGGUAUGCCCCCUGCCGGCCCAAAUGAGAGGUCUGGGCUGUUGGACAACCUAAUCGCAGGGGAUUUUGCCAGUCGCGCGCCGCGCACGGCACCAUCGCAGGUGUUGACGUUGACCCCCUUCAGCGGAUGUCCUGUCCUGUCCUGUCCUCCCUCCCUUGCGUCCCCUGAGUCCCAGCCCUCCGCUCCCUGCUCCCGCCGCCCCGCGCGCCCCCGAGGGCGCGCGGCCCGAGCGUGGGACCCCCGCGGCCGCCGCACAGGCGGCGCCUUCUCGCGGGGGUCGCGCGACCGCCGCCCCGUCGGGGGCGCCCGAGAGGCGGGGAGGACAGGCCCGGACCUCCGACGAAAAGGCGGUCUUCAGUCGCUGCGUGUUGCAUUCGCGUCCGCCCGCGCCCUGUCUCCCCAAUUAGUGCUUUGCGCGGCCCGCCUAGCUCUUAACCGGAAGAGGCUCGCUCUCGACCCCUUUCCUGGAGGGCCCCCCUCGGC